CGGGAGACUCAACAUGUCCAAACUACACCACCCUGCUGCACUUACCUUAGCCCUGAUCUGCCUGUGUACAGCUCAAACAGCCCAGGAAGAAGAGGCGGAGGGAGCUAUGGACAGGGGGCUGCUCCUGGAUGCUGUGAAAACCGGGAUCUUGAGCUCUCUGGGCAUAGAGAAGCCCCCGGUGGUCCACAAGAAGGCCUCCCAAACAGAGCUGAGGGAGAUGGAGAGACUUUACCAGGAGAAACUCACCGAACUAGGGCUGAAUAUGAAUCGGAGUAAUGGGAUGUCCACUCUGCUCCUGCCACACAGAGUUUCCAAGCUUCCAGCGGGACAUGGGCUCGACCUGCGGAGGCGUCCCUUUCGCUGGCACAGGGCAGAGUUCACGGAGAAGCCCAGUAUCCAAGAGGAGCUGUCCCUGCUGCACGCCCAGCUCUACAUGUCCAGACAAGUCCUGCAGAGAGCCGCCGCCAGGGUCAAAGUUCACAUACAGGGCUCCAGGUCCACCAGACACGCAGUAUGGACACACACGUGGGCUAGUGGAGACACGACGCAAACGCUGGCACUGGACAUCAGCGAUGAGGUGCAAAAGUGGAUCAGGGACGACAGCGGACCCCUGGUGGUGGAAGUGGGACAUAGAGGAGCUGAUUAUAACUUUAAUAUUUCUCUCAAGUUGACACAAAAACACGCAAUUUCAAGAAUGACUCGCUCCAAUAAGGAAGAAGAGGAAUGUGACGAUCGAGAGUUGUGCUGCCGGCAGUCCAUGACGGUUUCCUUUAAAGACAUUGGUUGGACAGAUUGGGUCGUGGCGCCGUUAGAAUACACAAUGCAUUUUUGUCAAGGUUCGUGCCCACAUAACUACAGACCUGCAAGCAUGCACACCCAGGUCAAGUCCAGACUGGCACAGAUCUCCAAAGGGGGCAUCUCAAGACCAUGCUGUGUGCCAGCCGCCUACCAGCCCAUGGUGCUGAUGCAUUAUGAUAGUCAUGGGAAACUUAAACUAACACCUUUUGAAGAUCUCAUAGUCAGUAAAUGUCACUGUGCCUGAUGUGGCCUGUGUAAACUGUACAGGUUUUUGAUGAAGAGCUCAUGUUACUAUGUUCUAAUGUUCCUCAUCACAAACACACCUGGAGCACAACACACAAACCCUGCACAUUUAAAGUUCUUCUCUCAGAAACAGAAAACACUCUGGUCCACCUUGUGAUGUCAUGUGAUAAUUCAGGAACUGCUCCACUGUGUUUUUAAACUCCAUACACCUUCACUAGAAUCAUUAGGAUGAGUUCAGCCAUGGAAUUGCUGAUCUCUGUUGAACUAAAGAUAAAAGGAGCUAUUACCUAGAAAACUACCACUACAUGAUAUCACAAGGUGGAGCAGAGCAUUAUUGAUCUUUGGAGAUGGAGACAAACUAAUAAAAAAGAGUCACUCAAACAUGUGUGAAUGAAACUCCAGAAGUCCAGGUGUGUUUUUGAGGAGGAAACAUUAUAACAUGGUUUAAAGCUCGCAGGAGUUCAGUUUGUGUAAAAUAGGAGCGUUUAAGAUUUUGUUUUAUGAUGAUCUUUGAACUGGUGACCUGUUGGUUGAUGGGUAAAUGCUUAUCCUAGUGCUGUGCUUUUGAAAUAUGAUGAACUUUGACAGCACUGUUCUUUUCACUCAACAAGGAUCUGUUCUAAAGGCCAGAGUUGUCAUAAUGGGCUUUUCAGCGGUAUUUUUAAAAAUGAGAACAGUUUUUAGAAAACAGUUUUGGUUGUUUGUACUGUAGCUUUUAUAUUCAAAUGAUUUCUUCCUGAUUUGAAAAGUCUCUCCAUAUUCAAAUACUUUAAAAUUUAGAUUUGAAUUGUGUUGUUGCCAUAACAAUGGAGGAUCAUUACCAGUCCAAAUCCUUCAAAAUCAGCAAAAAGUCUUUAUGCGUGAAAAUCAUGAAGAGCCUACUGAGUUUCCUCAGAGGCCUUCCUUUUUGUUAGUUCAAUGGUGUUACUUGCAUAAACAUGGAUAUUUGUAUUAUUUAUUUAAACUGUAUUUAUGUUGCUGUUGUUUGGAUGUUACAUGCUUUUACUGUAAAUACUUUUUUACGUUUUUUACUGAACUUAAGAGUGACUCACUGUGACAUUUCACAAUAAAAUAUGUGUUGAAAAUGAGUGUAAUAAAUUAUAUAAUAUAAGAUAA